AUGUGUUUCUUGAAAUUUUUGCUCUUUGCAUUAGUUGCGGCAUCGAACGCUUCCAUGAAUCCGAAUAGCAUCGAGCAAUUCUAUAAUAGAGGCUUAGAGCAAUCUUCUAAAACUACUCUCCUUGAGAAAUCGGAUGCAGGUUCAGCAUAUCGUGAUCAUUGCGAUAGUGGGUGGACUUACUUCGACAAAACCGGAGCUUGCUAUAAGACUUUCUUUGGCGAGACUUUCUACAGUGCAGAAUACAUGUGUAACAUGUUUGAAGGCCAUCUGACUUCAAUUCAUAGUUUUGACGAAAAUUUAUUCGUUGCCGAGAUGGCGAAAAUGGGUAAGCCAUUCGCUGACUGGCACGAUUUGACUUUGAUAGGCCUACGGUAUGAGACAAAUAGCAAGAACUGGACUUGGACUGACGGCACAGAAGUUGACCUUCUGAACUGGCUUCCUGGGGAUCCUACCUCCGGCGACCUUGACUGCGCCCUGCUAUGGAGUGAUCCUCAUCAAGACGGCAAACAUGCUUCAAAGUAUCAAAAGUGGGGAAAUUAUCCUUGUGAUCAGAGAAUUAGAUCGUAUGUGUGCAAGAAAAUGGCUUCGCAGUAAAGCAAAACUGUUAUAAAUUUGAUUGUUGCGAUUAGACGACUUAUGGUGGACAGAACAAGAAUAAAUUUUCAUGUGUUUUG